GAACUAUAUACAUACUUCAAAACGCCGAUUGACGACCAGCUCGCACGACUGGGGAUUACGAUUUGCUCGAAUUACGAUUAUAUUAUAAUAAUACUAGAUACAAACACUUGAAAUUUAUCGUCAAACUAGUAACUGUUAAUUUCCAAGACAUUUAAAGGUUCAAACAGAGAACAAUUUAUCAAAGCAAUUAAAGAAAAUUAAUUUUUUAUAUCACUAUGUUACUUAGAUCUUCGCAAGGCAUUACUAGAUCAAUAAUAUUGUGUGCACAACGUUAUUCAACAAUGUGGCCUACCAAAGCUUAUGUGAACGGUGAAUGGUGUGAUGCAAAAUCUGGAAAGACUUUUGAUGUUGUCAAUCCGGCUACAGGAAAAACUAUCGCUACUGUACCAGAUUUAGAUGCGUCGGAUGUACAAGUGGCCAUAAAUGCUGCAAAUGAUGCAUUUAAUACAUGGAAAAAGACUACAGCAAAAGAAAGAAGUGAUCUAUUAAGAAACUGGUACAAUAUUUUAGUAGAAAAUAAAGAUUAUUUAGCAGACAUUUUAACAUCAGAAGCUGGAAAACCAUUAGCAGAAUCUUUGGGUGAAAUGGCUUAUGGAAAUUCAUUUGUUGAAUGGUUUUCAGAAGAAGCACGACGAACUUAUGGUGAACAUGUUCCUAGUCCAAAUAAGACCAAAGAAAUUUUAAUGAUUCGUCAACCGCUUGGACCAGUUGGUCUUAUUACACCGUGGAAUUUUCCAGUAGCCAUGAUAACUAGAAAAGCUGGAGCUGCUCUAGCAGCAGGAUGUACAUGUGUCAUAAAACCGGCAGAAAAUACUCCAAUCACAGCAUUAGCUUUAGCAAAGUUUGCUGAAGAUGCCGGCAUUCCGAAAGGUGUAAUUAAUGUUGUUACUACAUCAAGAGAAAAUACUCCAGAAAUUGGUAAAUUAUUAUGUGAAAGUCCAGACAUUUAUGGUAUAUCAUUUACUGGAUCUACAGAAGUUGGAAAAUUACUAUAUAAACAAUGCAGCAGCACAGUGAAACGUGUUGGUUUAGAAUUGGGAGGAAAUGCACCAUUUAUAGUAUUCAACGGAGCAGACAUCAAUAAAGCAGUAGCUGGAGCAAUGGCUUCAAAAUUCAGAAAUUGCGGGCAGACAUGUGUAAGUGCUAAUAGAUUUAUUAUUCAAAAAAAUGUAUUUUCAGAAUUUGUCGAUAAAUUGAAAGUAGAAAUGGAUAAAUUAGUUAUGGGCGAUGGUAAAACUUGUGGUGUGAACAUGGGACCAUUGAUCAAUCUAGCUCAAGCAGAUAAGGUAGACAGAAUAGUAAAUGAUGCUAAGAACAAAGGAGCAAAAAUCAUAACUGGUGGAAAACGAGCAUUAAGUUUCGGCGAACGAUUCUAUGAGCCAACAUUAAUCACAAAUGUUACUAAAGACAUGGCCUGUUAUGUAGAAGAAAUUUUUGGACCUGUUGCAGUAUGUAUCGAGUUUGAUACAGAACAAGAAGGAUUGGAAAUUGCUAAUAGUACAAAGAGAGGGUUAGCUGGUUACUUUUAUUCAAAUGAUUUGUCUCAAGUUUGGAGAGUAGCAAAGGCUCUAGAAGUCGGGAUGGUCGGUAUCAAUGAAGGUAUCAUAUCAGCCACAGAAGCAGCAUUUGGAGGUGUCAAAGAAUCUGGCCUUGGAAGAGAAGGUUCACACCAUGGUAUGGAUGAAUACACGGAAAUAAAAUAUAUUUGUUUUGGAAACUUAGAAUACUAACUAUUAUCAUAUAUUAUAUAAUUUAUAAUUUUUAUUAUAUUUUAAUAUUGUAAGUGAAAUAGGUACUGAAUAUUAAUGUCUUCCAUUAAAAUAAACUUGUCUUCCAAAAGUAAUUUAUAAUAAAA